CUUUCUUCCACGCAGCCGAUAGGCAUGUCUUGUGUCUUGCUCUUGCCGGCCUGCUUCACAUGCUCAUCCAGGAACAUGGACGUGUUUUGUGGCGUGUUUGGUGUCUUCUUGGUGUUUAAUAUCAUCGCCCCUGGAUUCUCUACUUGUCCGCUGGGUUGCUCCUGCACUAAUGAUAACUUGGGAAGGUCCCUACUCUGUAUGGAAACCCAAAUGGGACACAUCCCAGAGAACAUCCCCAAUGAUUUUACGAAAAUCCGAAUUGAAAACUGCCACCUGACUGAGGUACCCCAAGGUUCCUUCUCUCAAGUCCAUGCCUUAGAGUUCCUCUGGCUAAAUUUUAACGAGAUCACCCUAAUGAACAUCAAAAGCCUGGAGGGGCUCGGCAACCUCACUGAGCUAAGGCUGCAAGGCAACAAGCUGACCUUGGUACCGUGGACCGCAUUUCAGAGCACACCCAGACUUAAAAUUUUGGACCUGAAGAACAAUCGGCUAGAUGUGUUGCCUGAGCACGCGCUGAGACACUUGCCAGCACUGACCUACUUAGAUUUAUCCUUCAAUAAGCUUAGCAUCAUAUCAAAGGAAGUGUUCACGAAUUGGCCUCUUUACCAAAAAGCAGAGAAAGCAUGGGAGAAAGAAGGCCUGGUGUCCAACGUGGUUUUGGCGCUACACGACAAUCCCUGGACAUGUGACUGCCGCCUUAAAGGUUUCGUUGAAUUCAUCCGCGAGGUCCGCCCUCCUAUCAUCCUCAUGAACUCCUACUUGAAGUGCUCAGGCCCGGCCUCCAAAGCGGACAAGUAUUUCCAUGAGAUCCAACUGAAAACCUGUAUGAAGCCGGUGACCUCUGUCGCUGAGUCUAACAUCACUUCAUCUCUGGGAGCAAAUGCGUCUCUAACGUGCCUCGUCAAGGCCAGGCCACUUCCAAGCGUGCAGUGGACGUAUCCUCUGAAGAUUAUUAGAGGAUUUGCUUCUACCACGACUCAGAUAGACGAGGAAACCAUCACGUCCCGGCUGUUGAUCCCAUCUGUGCACCUAGCAGACCGCGGACUCUACACUUGCAUGGCCAACAACUUCAUUGGUAACUCCUCGGUCGGCAUCGCACUCAACAUAGAUUCCCCCAACUCCGCGGCCCCUCUUCCUCCACCUGUACCCAUGUUGUCAUCUGACGACAGUCCCCACAUCGACAUUCGCAUUGCCAAGCAGACCAUUUACGGCAUCACCUUGGAGUGGCAUGCUAUGAUGGACAACCCCGCAGAGACAUGGUUCACCAUCCACUUUGGUAAGUACGAUUCACCCAAGAAAGAGAUGAUCUUCAUUGGCCCUGGUAUAAACAGCUACUCGGUCAGCGACCUACUUCCUGCAACCAAAUACGAGGUGUGUGUCAGCCUCAAGAACCACCCACCCAGAGAGGGCCAGUGCAUAGUCUUUGUGACAGGCAGUGACAUUACUGAGCUGGAGCAGAGGGAGAGACUGAUUCACAUCAUUGUCAUCGUGUGCGCCAUGAUCCUGGCCGUGCCGGCAGGCAUGUACGCAUGCACCACGGAGGCCCGGUUCAGCUGCGUGGACCGCUGUGUGGAUCUGUGGAAGAAGCACAGGAGGCGUGGCGAGAAUGCAGAGGGAUCAGAACGGCAGAACACCUUUGACAGCUUGCAGGCGGCCAGCGACGAAGCCCUGUGUAAGGACUCUGAGGAAAAACCAACAAAGAGGCGGAAAUCUGAGGACAGGUGCAAAGGUGGAAGUGCUGCUUACCUGUACUAGAAUCAAAGAGGGAAAACUACUACAUCUUUAUGUGAAAAAUGUCCAUCUUUCACUCCAGUUUGUGCCUUCUCUCAACCUUAGUCUUUGUAUCAAGACUAAAUUAUUUUACCACACAAGUAAUUUAGAAUUUAAUGAUUUUGUGUAAUGAUUGCAGAAAACUUGAAAGGUUCAGAUCUCUUAAAAUUUCCCUUUUCAAAUGUGAAAGCAAAUCUAAAGUUGUCAACUGAACUUGCCUUUCUUCCCUGCUGUACGGGAAUUUUCCUAGUACCCUUUAUUUAUAUACACAUGUAUGAAAAGAAGUAUUUAUGAGUAUUUUUUUUCCUAUUUUUAUAUAAUGCAGAGUAAGUUAUAAUAAAUACUUUAUGUAUUCCUUUAUCACAGGUACAGUAUGUGGAUCAACUCUAUUAUUAUUGACUGUGUCUAACUUUAUGGGUACUGUAUUCUAUUUUGUUAUGAAUAAAACACAGAUUUUAUUGUUUCUUUUUGCAGACUUCCUAAAUGUGAUGUAAGUGGUGUGCAGCAUUUUUGAUCUGGAUUAAAGAAAAGACAAAUGCAUACUCAGAUUGUUCAACAUGAUCAUUCAGAGGAUUUGU